AUGUGGAAGAAUGAACAUGUCUCGAAGAUUGAGCAAGCUGAUGCAGACAUGUCAAACAAGAUUACAAUGCUGGAUGGCAAGGUCGAUCAGCAGGGCAAAGAUAUGACGGAAGCGAUUUCCAGGGCGAAGGAUGAGGCGAUUGCCGCGUCCCAGCAAGGGGAUGCCGAUACCAUUGCUGCUGGCAUGCAAAAUGCCAAAGAAAUGGAUGCGCAACUCCGCGCCGACCUAAUGAAGUCCAUUGAUAUGCAAGGGCAAAAAGCAAUGGACUCUGCUAAAGGCGAAGAUGCAAAACUGCAAAAACAACUUGAUACCCACGGAAAAGCUGACAUGGCGCAAGACGCAGCGAUAGAGCAGCUUGCGUCCAAGGUAAUGGCUAUAGAGGAAGGGAUUAGCCAUGGUGGCAGAAGAAGUUGCCGCAGUGCCGACAAUGCUGGUUACCGUCAAUUUCGACAGUGGUCAAACCGGUUUAUCCAGCGACGCAAAGCAGAUGCUUGA